GAAAAGCAGGGGUGUCACUAGCACGUUAGGAGACCAUACAAUAAGUGUCAGGGGCCCGAGACUGUUCAACUGCCUCCCAGCAUACAUAAGGGGGAUUACCAACAGACCCCUGGCAGUCUUCAAGCUGGCACUGGACAAGCACCUAAAGUCGGUUCCUGACCAGCCGGGCUGUGGCUCGUACGUUGGUUUGCGUGCAGCCAGCAGCAACAGCCUGGUUGAUCAGGCUCUGAUCCACCAGGAGGCCUGGUCACAGACCGGGCCGCGGGGGCGUUGACCCCCGGAACUCUCUCCAGGUAAACUCCAGGUACACAGUAGGCUUCUUCAGUCAAAUACAGAGGCAGCAGUUGUAGUAGUGAAAUGAAGAUGAUGUCAUCAGUCCAUCAACCUUGGAGAAAUAAUAUUUGAGGUGGUCAGUCCCUCAACCUGAUGACCUGACCACCAGUCACUUCCUCUCCUUAGAUGGAACCUGAACAACUUUAUUACCUCCAGGAGCUACAUGACCUCUAAGAUGGAAACCAAAACAAAACACAAAGUGCUCUUGGCACUGGACUUUGACCAUACAGUCAUUGACAAUAACAGCGAUACUUAUAUUUAUAAACUAGCCCCAGACCACAAGAUACCCGAUGACUUGAAGUUGUUAUAUCGCAGGGACAACUGGACGCAUUACAUGGGAGAAGUGUUUAAGUUUUUGUACAAGAAUGGUGUUACAAAAGAAAGAAUUUUUAAUUGUUUAAAGGAAAUAAAACUAACAGAUGGCAUGAAGGAGUUACUGACUGGUGUUCCUAGAGAUUUAACUGAAUUUAUCAUCAUAUCAGAUGGUAAUUCAGUGUUUAUAGAUCACAUUCUUAAAAGCUGUGGAUUGAGAGAUCUAUUCAGUGAGUUAUUUACAAACCCUGCACAGUUUGAUGACAAUGGCUGCCUGCAUAUUCAAAUGUAUCAUCUCCAAGACUGGUGUACCUUAAGCACCAAGAAUCUUUGCAAGGGUGACAUACUUUCCAAUUACAUCAAACUUCGUGAAAAUAAUAAUGUGACUUUCUCAACCAUUGCAUACGUAGGCGAUGGAACAAAUGACUUCUGUCCAAGCUUGCGACUAAAAGAAUGCGAUGUAGUUUUUCCUCGUUGUGGAUAUAACCUACUAAACUACAUUCCGAAAAUGGAAGCUGAGAAAGGUAUGAGAAUUGAAGCAGAUGUUUGUCCUUGGGACUCUGGGAAAGAUAUCCUUGAGCGCUUGUUAUUAUGCUACAGCGAGGUCAAUGCUUCAGAGGUUCCAAAACCAAGGCUGAAGCCUCCUUUACAAAAGCUUUAACAAUUAAUUGAUAUUCAUUGAUCUUCAAAAAUAAAUAUUUUUAUUAUUACAUG